UUUUUUUGUCGCAAAAACACCAAAGAAAAUUGAAAUUGAAUAAUAUAUUUUUGUACUCAUUUUUUACUCACCUUUAUAAAUAAUAAUACUUACAGUAUUUAAAGAUGAACGCUCCUCCGACUUUCGAAUCAUUUUUAUUGUACGACGGUGGAAAAAAUAUCAUAAAAGAAGCCGACACUAAAGAUACAAAUGCUGCCAUAUUUACCUUCAACAAGGAAGAUCAUACAAUAGGAAACGUGAUCAGGAAUUAUGAUAAAUUACAGGUGCUUUGAUAACAGUCAAAGGUUUUUAAUUAAAUUUAAUGUUAUGUUAUUUUUGUUUUCAACAAAUUACUCAAUACCCUGAAUGUACUAUUUUCUGGUUACAAACAACCACAUUUAAUAAGCAUAAUUUCGAGCUUUGCGUACAGACCAUGUCGGAUUACACUUCUCAAGACACGAUGACCAACGCCAUCACGGAUUUCUUAGCCGAGCUUCCAUUAUUCGAAGAACGAUUCAAAGAAACACCACGAGAGAGAAAAAGGACUCGAUUAUGAAAAACAACAAAAUAUAUUUCUCCAGCCAUGCACGACGGCUGCCGGCAAUCCGAGCACAACCGUCUGCGACGACAACAUUGAAGAAACCAACACCGGACGUUCCUCCAGUGACCGUCGCCUCUGCUUUUUGGAAUGACCAAUACUACCGCGCACAGCAGCAUUUGUUGAUCACCUGAGGAGUGAUGUUAAACAGUCUAAGGGAUGGACAAGUAAGUUAUGAGAACACAAGUUGUCCAUCUGCACACGUCCCUCCUCAUAAUGUCGUCGCCCCAAUUCAAAAUACUCAUGUUUCUACUGAGCCCUCUGCGCCUUUGGUCCACCCGUGGAAUUCAAAUCAUCGACUUGAACAGUUAUACGGCUUUCACCCUAGAUAUUAUAAUCUUGAUUUUCCAACACCAUAUCCGCCAGCCAAUAAUCAAUAUGCCCCUGCUAACAUGUACGGGCAAAGUGUAUCGUCGCAAUGUUGUCAACCGUGUUGCAGAAUUAGGACACAAAACAUUCCAAAAGCGUCACCACCUCAAGCUUUGUACGGCCCUAGUCGACCGGCAGCUCAGCAAGUAAACAGGCCUCAUAAGCCAAAAAAACAAUUAAAAUCUUCAAGCACUGAACAGUUCCUACCGUACAUUCCAAAUGAUUUACCCGGUAAAUACAGUACACAAAAUAGUUAUCCAGAUAAAUAUAGCAAUUCCUAUAUAAGUAAUUCUAGUUAUGGCCCUCCUCCACCUACCCAUUCAAACAAUAACUUAUGGAUCCCACCUACGGCUAACGCUAAUUGGUCGGACAGGUUGCGUUCCACCAAUCCCUAUGGUGGCGUGGUACCUCAUGAAGUUGGCAGAGAAAAAAAUUACCCAAGACUACCUACGAACUACCAAAACAUUCCAUACUCCAAUCCUACAAGUGUUUCGACGCAUCAUAAACCCUACAAUUAUAUGCUGCCGCCACCGCCUCCUAUUCACGAGGUACUUGACUAUCGGCCACCAGUUUACCAUAAUGUAUUCAAAAGCAAUCUGCCAGAAUACAAAUCUCAUACAAAUAACGCUAGAAUGCCUAUACCGUCUCAAACUAAUCAAAUUCCUUCAAGUAUGCAACAAUAUUACAAUACUCAACCUGUUUCGUAUCCAAACACUCGCAAACCUAACGAGAUAUAUAAAACUGAGACCGCUGCACCGGCGAAUUCUUCAAAAAGCAAGUUAAAUGUUCGUGAAUUUCUAGCUACGUGGGAUGAAGGAGAAGAAGAAACUAGUGAAAAACCUUCAGAGCCGUCUGCUCCUAUUGUGGUACUUGAUUGUAUGACAUUGGAAGGAGACGCUUUAGCUAAAGUACAAGAAAAAUUAAACGUCGUAACCUAUGAAAGCCUAGAAAAAGUACUUAAAGAAAAUCCAAACUCUUUGAUCCUUAAUACGGAACUAGAUAAAGUUGAUACCGUGUCAAAAACAUCUAAACCUUCAAAAUCCAAUUUUGAGCCUAUCGAUUACACUAAACGUGAAACCGGGAUAAUUAAACCAUUUAAUACUGAGAAGAAACAAGAACCAGAGUUGAUGAAGCAAUCGGAGAAAAAUUAUCAAAAUAAUAAUUUUGAUGAUAUAGCCGGUUGGUAUGGUAAAAAAAAUUCAGAUAUUUCGUCCACAGAUCUUAUUGAAAGAUUGGCUGACAGGAUGUUUAACUUGAGCAAAACGCAAGGAAAUGAAAUGGCUUUAUACGGAGCGCCACAUUACACGAAUCAAAUUACUCAACCCAAUCGUACUGUGGAAAAUAAUGUGAGAUGUUCUACAAAAUACAAUGAAAACCAACAAAUGUUUAGUUACCAUCAACGUCCUGAAAAACUUAAUGAUUCUCAUGCAGUGUCUAAAAAUAGUUAUGUUGAUAACCCAAACUCUAGAACCAAACCUUCCAUACUUAUGGACAAUAACAGCAAACACUCUGCAAUCAAAUAUAAUAACGUAAACUCUUGCAUUGUCGAAAACGAAAACAAAAAAUGGCCUAAUUUAAAUAAUAAAAGUCAAGAAUCAAGUAACUGGGAAAUGGGUCAAAGUACUCAAGAACAACAUUUGAACAUGUCCUUAUACGACCAUAGCGUUAUUAUUAAGCCGUUAGAUUUUUCGUCUCUUACAGACGAAACUAAAGGCAAUCCUUUUUCAUUUGAAAAGAACACAUCAAUCGGAGACAAACCUAAUAACUUGCCUAACACUACCCAGUUCAACAAACAGCCAUCAAACAAUAAUAACUAUUCACCAUCUGCCGCUAUUGUGCAACAGACUUCAGGCCAUCAUUCGGAGUCUAGUAACAGAAAUUUUCCAGUUAUCGUAUCGCCUCACAUAACUAGACAAGAGUACAAUGGAUAUCACGAAAGCGUAAUACAAAGAACCGGUUGUGAUAAAAAUAGAAAUGAAAAAGCCGAAGUCCAUACAGACUUUGAAAACAUGAAUUGGAACUUAACUAAUGAUCUCGAUAAAAUUAUGAAAACUAAUAACCCUGCCGAAGAAACGUCGUCUUGCUUAUAUGACAAGACCACUUACAGUAAUAUGUUAAACAGUAUCAAUUCAAAUAAAGAUGGCGCACCUGCGCAAUGGAAGACUAAUGCGCCUUGCGUGGACCCAAGUGUCAGUAACAAAACCAAUCAUAGUCACGAUCCAUUUUUUGAUAGUUGGAAUUUUAUUGAAAGCUACGGGAGCACCAGUGGUUCUGAUAAAAAAAUCGACCAUAGAAAUGUAAAUAACGAAACGACGAGCAAUUCGUUGUUCACUAAACAAAUUUCUCCUCUGCCAGUAAUUACCCUAGAGAACAAGAACGACAUUAAUUCUGGGCACGAAAAUAAAAUGUUACUUUUGCCAAAAGAAUCAUCGUCGUCGUCGUCUUACUCAGAUUCUAAUCAAAUGACAUCGAACAGUGAAUGUUCUCGGGAUGUUUUCAAUCUGAACAAUCGAAUACCGGAUUUCAAUGACAGUUUCGAAUUACUUGUAGCUAACCAUCCGCCGGAUUACACGCAACCUAAAAAACCGUCCGAAGACAGCGAGCACCGAACGGAUGGUUCCAUUUUUGAGCACUUGACCGAGUCAAAAACUUCAAUGCCCGCUACAGAUCCGACCAAAUUAAAACACGACCAAUCGCAUAAAUGUGAUUUAAUUGGAUUACCCAGUUUCAAAGAAAAAGACCCGUUGGCGCCUAUGCCAAUGCCACCAAAACUCAACGUCGUAAAACCUAUACUGCGAGAUCCUAGCCAAAUGUACACGGUGAUUAAACAAAAGAUGAAGAACUACAACCCGUGUGUCGACAACAACGAUAUUGGUAGAAUGGAUAAUUGUAUAAGGACAAAUUCGUCGUCAAAUCAUGUAGAACACUCGGAUUUAAAGUCUAAAUUCAAAAACAACAUGCAAAUCAACCAUUAUGACAUGUGGUCGGAAAAGUACGCGUUUAAAGAUCAUCCCGUUCACUCUACGAUGCCCACCGUUCAGUGCGAUGUUCAAGCUGCUCAGUUCAGAAAUGCUCAUCAAGAGACCCACAACAGAAGUGGUCCGACCGUCGUAAUGACAAGCCAACAACAGAUUAAAGACACUGCGCUACAAGAAUCUCUUAGUUCUACCGAUUUGACUGCGAACAAAAUGAUGGAAGGUGAAAAAAUCGAUUCGGCCGAUUUUCUAGAUUGUUGUUUGGACAACUCCAAAGUCAACGAUCAGAAAUACCGGGACACGUUGGAUGAAUUUGAAACGUCUUUUGAGUUUGACAUACAUUGUCAUACGCGGACAAGUGAUUCUUUUCACGAGAGAAUUGUAGACAAAUGUUUAGAGGAAAGAGUUAAAGAUCAAAUCGGUGAAAACGACGUCAGUGUGCCCAGUUCAACCGACGAUGGCUCUAUGAAUAUGACAAGUACGUCCAACGAUAUCGCUCAUGCUAGUUACGAUUGCGAUUUCCAGUCUGGUUAUUUGUUAAAAAAAAUCUUGGACGAGAAUAAAAACAAAACUGAAAUAGGUUCACAGAUAACGAGUAAUAAUAAAACAGUAGACACAAACGAUUUCCGUUGCCCAGCCGAAGUCCGGAGUACACUUCCUGAUUUUCGUUCAGAUAAAGUAAAUCACCAAAUCGAAAAUCUUGACGAUUAUCCACAUACUAUACUGAAAUCUGAUACGAGAUGUAUGAUUGAAAAUCUUAAUAAUUUCAAUAAAAACAACAAACAUUUUAAUUUCAGCGAUACUACCCCAAAAAGUUCUUUAGAGAUAAAUUACUCCGAUAACAAUAACGAGUCCCGUUCAGUAAAAAAACCUAUGCCUUUGGAUUGUUUAAACGAAAUAAAUAGUAACUAUAAAUUAGACAGCUACGCAAAAAGUAAUUAUGCAUCCACAGAUUCGUUACAAACUGGUGAAGUCCAUGACCUUACUGAAGAAAUCGAUUUGACUAUGGACUUAGCACCUAUAAACUCUACAACAAAUGAAAUGAAAAUUGGUAAUAAGAAAUUGGAUAAUGAAAUUAAAGACAAUGAGUGUAACACGGUCCUGAGAAAUGACAUUCCGAACAUUUUAAAAACCAACAUAAACGUAGUGAGCAUUGAAAGCAAAAAUGAAGUUAUUGAAAUCCACGAAUUCGUGCGUUGUAAUAACAAAAGUGUAAGUCAAAAUAUUUAUUCCGUCAAUGUAGCGUCACCUUGUACGAAUCACGCCUCGCUCUACGAAGAUCAUGUGGACGACCGAGCGAGUAGUAAAUGUGAUUCAGAAGAAGUGCAAAUAGUGAAAACACAAACUGAAACCACCGUUUCGGAAAAUAUUCUGGUGGAACAUAGUGUUUCGAACGACGAACCCUUAAUGCAUGUGAAAACCAAUUCGCCUGAGAUCAGUAAUGUCGGUGAACAAGAACGGAGUGAUGAUAGUGAUAAUUGGGAACCUAUCAGUCCGCCGGAGGCGUUACACUCGCCUUUGAAAAGUCCAGUCGUCCGGUCUCCCGGCCGCACAGAUGAAGAAGACAUGGCCGAAUUAAACGGUGAUGUCACCGCUGUUUUCAAUGUAGAUUCAACGCAAAAACCGCUGGCACUAACUUCUACGAAUUCCGUUUGUGAAGAUGCGUUUGACACUUCGGAAACGGAAUCCAAAGAGAGCGCUGAAAGUUCCGACGAUGUGCACUUAUUCGACGAGCAAGAAGCUGAAUUGGAGGGAAAACGCGUAUUAGAAAUGAUUUACAAACAUCUAGAAUCGUUAGACGAAGAGGAGAAUGAGUUGAUUCUUACCGAGGAAAAUAUGGAAAUCGACAACAAUAGUAUGCCUAAUGACAACGACUUUGGAACCAUAUCCGAAGGUUGUAGUGAACCGAUUAAUACCAGAGCGGUGUCGACUCAUCAACUUAUUGUGACCCUUCCUAGUACAACGACCAGCGUUUUGCCUCAAAGCAAUCCGAAAGAAUUGACUGAUGAAGUAUCACCAUUAAAAGAAAACUGCGUCGAGUCUACCUCGCCCGUCACCAAGCAGGAUGAAAUUGAAGUGUUCAAUGAAAAAACCGUCGAACCAAACAACGGCGUGUUAUCAGAUACUGGACAGAAAAAUAUCGAUUUAAUAAGUCAAAACUACUUGCAAAAACACGAAAACCCCAUCACAAACAUUGCGGUUCAAAGUAGUCGCGAGAACGUACAAUCCUGUGUGGGUUAUAACGACAAUGGCCGCGAACCCGUUGCAAAAAUUGUCGGCGACGGUAAAGUGGACAAAACGGAUGGCCCUAAGAAGCCAGAAGAUACGUUUAAAACUACUCGCGGUCACGAUUCGUAUCGCCUUAACAAGGUAGAAACGCCACGAAUCAAAUUCAUGUUGAAGUGCAAAAAUAUGAUCAGGAAAAAUGUAUUCCACAGUGAAUCGACGCCGGUGUCGGCCGAGAAACAAGAGAAAUCGAUGAGUGCCAGUGAGUGCGGUUCAGCGCAAACGUUUUUGAAGGGGAACGAUGACCGUCGAGAUAAUACGGUAGGGGACAUUCAAACGGCUUCUCCUCGGUUGCAUUUCACUGUCGACCACCUAAAUGACAAUGGCGACCCGUCCGUCAGAAAAGAGGUCGACGGCCGUGGGGGUGGUGAUGAUACGGAAAACAUAUCAGAAAAUACAUCAUACGGUAAUGAUACAACGGCGGCAAAUACAACCCCGCUUUUUGAAACGAUAAUACCGAAGCCGGACCGAGAAGAAGAACCGAAUGUCGUUUUGGAUAUCGACAACGUCGUCGGUAUUGUUGUAAGUGAUGAAGAUUCGAAUAGUUUCGAUUGUUGUUAUACGACGACUACGCCGGUACCGUCGCCGGUUGAUGACUUUCCGGUGGACGGUGACGACGAGGCAGAAAACCACGAAGCUAGUACAGAUUUCUGGGACAAGUCGUUGGAAAACGAGUACAAGAGCGUGUUGCGCAGGACCAUAUCGAAAUUGACUAGAAAUCCGGUCAGGUUGAGGGACAAGUUCAACAUAAGAUGGGUGGCGCGCAGGAUAGGCGAGAGGAGAAGGCGGAGACUGAGGGAAAAAAGAAAAAAAUGGGCAAGGGGCGGCGGCCGGUCGACGAAGGGCGGUAACAAGACGCCAAACAAAGUCGUGCAGAGCACCGACGGCGCGGACUCCGAAGCCACGACCACCUGUGUGGUGACCGGUUGCAAGAUCAAGGUGCAGCUUCCCUGGGGAAGGAUAUUCAACUUGGACCGGUCCGAGGACACGAAAUUGGAGUUGGGCCCGGCCAAGGUGGAGGUGCGUCUGAGCCGGACCCCGGGCGAAUGGCAGGUGGCCGCGUGCCCUAGUAAAUCGUCGUCCAAGUCGGUGGUGAGCGUGAGGAGACUGAUUUUGAGAAGAGCCUCGGCCAGUCCCAAACGGCAACUUUCGUCGGACUCGGAUUGCAGCAGUAGCAACAGCAGCAGCAGCAGCAGCAACAACAACAACAACAACGGUUACAGCCGACAACAGCUGCCCAAAAUAGUGAUAAGGCGCAACGGCGACGACAGUUACACGAGUCACGUGAGCGGUAGCGAGUUGGAUUUGGACAAGGGCGACGACUGUGACGACGACGGCGGCGACGACGACUCCUCCGACGAUGCCGGCACGCGCAGAAGACAAAUCCCGGUGGUCGUGUUGCACAGGAACUCCCAGCUGGACAAAAUGGCCACUUCCGGGGUGACUACACUACGCCUGAAACGACAUGUUCCUAUUUCUUCGACUGACUCUUCCGACACCGACGGAGGGACCGCGCCCAAAAGGGCUCGACACACACAAUGAAGCAAGCACAGCGGGCCUCCUCGAACCAGUGAAACUUUUUUAAUGCAAUUUUAUUUUUUUUUUAUGUUACCAGUAACAAAGCGAACCUUGAAAACAAGUUAUCAUGAUUUUUCUCUUUAGUCGUUACACAUUUCCCAUAGCGUAUAUAUUUUUUUGCAAUUGUUAUUUGUCGGUAUGAUAUAUAUAUAUGUAGUAUAAUAUAUUUAUGGUAUUCUAUUUUUUUUGUCGGGGAGAAUUUACACUGUAUUAUACACGCUCGUUAACGAACGCUAUUUUUAGUCAUUACUAUAAUUCUAUUUCUUGUUAAAAUAAUAUUUUUGGUUUAAUCAAAAUCAUUUUUAUUUCGUUGCUGAUCACUGAUCAUAUAACUUUGUUCUAUAUAACGUUAUUAGCAGUUUGUUUUACUAUUAUUUUUUUUUUUUUGUUAUUGUUGUUUAUUAAGUUUUAUGGGUACAAAAAAAAAUAAGGGCUUAACACUGACCAAAGAUUUUUAAGAAAAUUGUUAGUUAAUUUGUAAUUUUAUUAGAAAACCAAAGCAAAAAAUACCUACUAAGUCUAAAAAUCCUCGAAAUUAGUCAAAACGGUAAUCAAAACUCAUAAUUAAGUGCUAUAUUUUACCGUGAUUAUGCAAAACGUAUAAUUUUUUAUAAAACGGGCACACGAAUUCAGUGGGUAAGAAUUAAAAAUAUGUUUAAAACAUUGUAAUUUAAUUCGAGAAAAAAAAAAUUACACAAGACUUAGUUAAUUAUGUAAAGAUAUUAUAAUUAAUAUACAUUUCACAUUAAGUUGUAUUCUACCUGUUAAUGCAUUAACGUUAUUUUUACGAUUUUUAUCUUCCAUGUAUUAACUAAUAAAAUAAUAAACCAUUAAAAAAUAUUACAUAAUUGCCGGAAAUAAUAACAGCCUCAACACAAUAGUUUUGUUAUAAUUCCUGAGUACAAAUUUUUCAAUCGUCGGUUAUUUAUUAUUAAUCGUUUAUUUUAGUAUUUUUUCCUCACCGUUAAAAAAAAAUUAUCUUUUUGUUUUCUAGUCAGCAUUUCUGCUUUUAUUUUACAAAAAUAUAGUAUUUUCUAAUUUAUUGUCAUUGACCUAAUGUUAAAAACAUACCAAAAAUAUUAUGAACAUUUUAGUAAUAAAUAUUUAACUUACCAAAUAUAUUUACAUCAUUCCCAAUAGUUUUAAAUUUUUGAAAAGUUGACUGUGAUUUUCGAAACAGAGCUAAACCCCAAAGGUUAAAAUAUAAAAUAACAAUGUAAUCUGCAAACAAUCUAUUAACAAGUGUUUUCUAUUUCUAUUUAUAUAUAUAUAUAUAUAUAAAAUAUUAUAUACUUAUUUAAAAAUUCAAAAUUAUUUUUAUACUGUUAGAAAAAUAACGUAACGGGACCAUGUUAAACAAUUUGUUCUUCUACCAAUUGACUGUAAAUGGAUGAUUUUUUUUUUAAUUACUGUAAAAUAAUGUUUUUAAACAAAAAAGUAAAAGUAUUUUACAAUUUUAUGUUUUUCAUUCUCGUAUCUUGAUAUUUUGAUUAAGUCUUUUUUUAUUCUUACCUGCUAUAUUAUUGUUUAAUAGCUAAUUUUUUCGUUAAGCUUAUGGAUAGCAAAGUUAAUGUGUCUUUUAAAAGGGGGUGUGGGGUGGAAUAAUUUUUCUUCGGUAUAAACUUUUGGCUUUUUUACUUAGUACUUUCAGCACUGUAAAAAUGUUUUUUUUUAAUAAAAUCGUAUUAUUUUAUUCCACGAUUUGUUCGGCUUCUAUUAUAUUCUUUUAAAUGUUUAUUCUGUAAAAAUAAACGCCUUGAACUGUUCUUUAUCUAUCAGAAUUAUUAUUAUUAUAUGUUUUUCGUAUUUUAUUAUUACAAUUUUCUGUACAUAAUGUACAUAUUAUAUUAAUAUAACGGUUGUUGGCUUAGUUUAUUUCAAUCAUGAUUAAGUCGCGUACCUAUACUUCUCUAUGUUUAAGAUAUUUUAUGAAAUCUAAAAAAAUAAAUGUUUAUAACAAUUUAAAUCUAACAGCUGUUAUCUCAACUGAUUUAAUUCAAUAAUAAAAUAAUAUAUAUUUCAAAAAAUAACUUGUGUUAAAUAUAAUAGGUAUAAUAAAAUUAUAUACAGGUUUACUACUAUAUCUAUAUUAAUUUCGUCAAGACUGAUCAUAAUAUAAUAAAUAAUGUAACUACUGAUAUAUCACGAUCUCAAAACUAGUGCAUUAUUAUAUAGUUUAUUAUUAUUAAAAAUAUUAUGUUUAUAUAAAUGUCAUAAUAAUCAUAUGUUUAAUAUUAUAUUUUUUGUUGCUAAAGUCACUGCAAAUCAAAUAAUUGGUUCGAUUAGGAACCAAGUCAGGUAUUACUGUAAACAAAUGGGAGAAAUGUAAAUACAUUUAUUUAUAACUUUUAAAAUAAUUACAAUCUUUCAUCGUUUAUAAUAACAAAUACAAUAUAAUCAACUUUUUCCUAAACUAAAAAAAAACUUUUUACUUUUGCCCCUCAACUGCAACUUUUGCAACUGCAUGAUGACUUUGUUGUACUAUUUUACGGGUCGAGCUUUUAAGAAUAGAUUUUCGAGUAAUUUGGGUAUUUCUACUUUAAUUUAUAAAAAAAUGUUUGGAAUUAUAAAAUUUAUUGUUACUAAAAACUCACUUACCAAUUGUUACGGCACAGCGUUUGCGUGUUUACUAUUUUGAAAUUAUGCGGGAAAAAAAAUUUCCAACUUAUUUUGUUCUUUCUGGCAAACUUAAAAUAAUAUAAUUCGUUCAUUGUAUUCAUUCUUAAUUCGUUGAAGGUUAAUUAUAAAAAAAAGUGUUUUGGGAAGGUCAUAAUUUUGCAUUACCUAAUUAUUGCGGUGAACAGUUGAUUUACUGUAUUCGACGUAACUUUUGAUAAUAAAUUAUAGAAAACCCAAAAAAGCGUUAAUUGUAAUUCUUUUUUUUUUUUUUUAAAACCUCCCAAAAACAUGUCUCGUUAAUAUCUCCAAAAUAACAUAGUGUACAUUAUUAUCCGAUUUACCUUGGUUAUUUAAUUUUUUUUUUUUUUAAAGGAUUCGAUACAGGAAUUUUAUAUGUAACCAAAAAUUUGUCAUUGGCAAAAUGUUCUUUUUUUGUGAUCGCAAUGCGCCUUAUUAAUUAUUUAAACAGUGAUUUCCGGACGUCGUUUAUAUAUGCGUUCGUAUUAUUUUAUGUGCCUUAAACUGAAUUUUGUCCGUCGCAAACCAAUUUUAUAAAUGCAGUACUAUAUAUAUUAAUUAUUAUAGAAUAAAUAUUUUAUUAAAUUAUUCAAUCUAAUCGUUUUUAACCCGCCCGUUUGUACACAUAUUAAAAUAUCAUUCUCUUAUCUAUUUGUUUUUUUUUUAUUCGUAAUAUUUUAUUGAUUUAAUGGAUUACUAUUAGGUAUGUUACAAUAUUAACAAUAAUAUAAUUAUUGUUGUUUUUUAUCUGUAAUUCGUGUGUAGGUACGGACUUGGAUUAUGGCAAACAUAUUUCUCGCUAUUAUAAAUUAGGCAUUAUCCAAAAACCAAAUUAUAAUAUAAUAUUUAUAUAGUAUAUUAUUAUAAUUAUUGUACUUCUCUUCUCUGACCUUUAUGAUAUUAUUGAAUUGUAUUAUUAUAAAAUAUGUAUUAUUUUUAGUUAAUCCGGUUAAGGAUAUAGUUUAAGACAAACACACACACACACAUACUCCUCGGGAAUUUGUACAUUUGUCUAGAUAUAGCGAUAUAGAUAAUUCCACGGGCACUUACCUAUCCGCCUGCGGUAAAUAUUAUUGUAUUAUUAUGAAUGGAAUAUUUGUUUGUUUUAAUUGUAUAUUAUUUAGAUGUUAUAAAGUUUGGUGUUUUUUUUUUGUAAGUCACUAGUAUUGUUUGUAGUAGUUUACACCCCGUUAUGGUUAAAUACUAGUUCCGGCAUCUAUGAUUAUCAUACAAUUAUUUGUUUUGUUUAUAAUUAUUACUUCUCCUUGGUUUAUUAUCGUUGUACACUAUAUUUAUAUUAUAAUUAUAAUAUAUAAUAUUAUUGUUAUUUUGAUUUG